AUGAGAGAGCCACAGGUGGUUUUCAGACCGCUCGAGAAGGAUGCCGUGUGUCCAAGGAGACACUCAGACGGUGCUGCCGGAUAUGACCUGCACUCGGUGUGUCCAGGAAGUGUCCCGCCAUACACAACAGUCACUCUGAAUCUGGGCUUUUCCUUGAAAAUGCCUCCGGACAUGAUUGGGUAUGUCUGUGGCAGGUCUGGGUUUGCCCUCAAGCACGGAAUCAACAUUGAGAACUCGUAUGUCUUGGACGACUCUGAGGUUGCAAUCAACAUCGUCAACCACUCUCCCGACAUUUUUGUCUUCGAAAAGGGCACCCGAAUCGCACAGCUGUUCUUUGCGAAGAUUGACACGUGCGGAUUCCAGCCAAUGCAGCCCCAGGCUGACUGCAACUAG